AUGGGAAAGCGCAGCUACGAAUCCGAUUACGAGAGCAUCUGCGACGCCCACAUCUCGGAGAACAAGGUUCGGAUGGAGAUGCUUGGGCUAAGCCGUACGAAGGAGGAGCUCAACAUGAUGACCCCCGCCCCCACCCGCCGCCCCUACACGUACAAGCAGUACGCCUCUCAGAGCGAUGCGCCGGCAGUGGUCGGCGAGGAGAUGGCGCCGGCGCCGCAGGACGGUGGCGGCGAAGAGAUGGGGGCCGUGCACGAACCUGUUCAUGGGGAAACUGCCACCUCUGUGAAAUCGUGCUGCGCGGAUGACUGCAAAUCGGUUCGUGGAGCGAGGCCUGAACCGGCCGUGCAUAGGCAUGACGCUCAUCUUAUCUACCACCAAGCUUCUGCCUUAGAUCUCCAGCUAAAUACCUAA